CCACAGGCUCUGACCCCCGGACCCCGCAGACGAGCUGGCGGCCGAGAUGCAGGACGUGGACGUGGACGAGGACGAGGCCGAGUUCGAGGACGCUGUCGCGGCCGAGGGGCUGGAGGACGAGGCCUGGGACACGGAGGAGGAGGAGGAGGAGGUGGGGGGUGCGCGUGCCGGCGGCCCCCCUGCCCCCGACGACAGCGAGGUCACCUUCGCCCGGCACUCGGCCUCCGUCUUCUGCGUGAGCCUGGACCCGCGCACCAACACGCUGGCGGUGACGGGCGGCGAGGACGACCAGGCCUUCGUGUGGCAGCUGAGCGAUGGGGAGCUGCUCUUCGAGUGCUCGGGUCACAAGGAUUCGGUCACCUGCGCCGGCUUCAGCCACGACUCGGUGUUCGUGGCCACGGGGGACAUGAGUGGGCUGAUCAAAGUGUGGCGGGUGGACACGAAGGCGGAGGUCUGGUCCUUUGAAGUGGGCGACUUGGAGUGGAUGGAGUGGCACCCCCAGGCCCAUGUCCUGCUGGCGGGCACGGCCGAUGGCAACUCCUGGAUGUGGAAGAUCCCGGGUGGGGACUGCAAGACUUUCCAGGGCCCGAGCUGCCCGGCCACCUGUGGCAAGGUUCUCCCUGACGGGAAGAGAGUGGUGGUCGGCUACGAGGAUGGCACUGUGCGCGUCUGGGACCUGAAGCAGGGCAGUUCGAUCCACGUCCUCAAAGGCCAGGACGGGCACCAGGGCCCCCUGACGUGUGUGGCCAGCAGUAAGGACGGCAGCCUGGUUCUGACGGGCUCCGUGGACUGCCAGGCCAAGCUGGUGAACGCCGCCACUGGCAAGGUGGUGUGCGUGUUCCAGGAGGGAAGUGCCGCCCCGCCGACCCCAGCCGGGGGGGCCGAGGAGCCUGAGUCUAACUCCGUGGAGUCGCUGGGCUUCUGUAAUGUGAUGCCACUGGCCGCCGUGGGCUACCUGGACGGGACGCUGGCUAUCUACGACCUCUCCACGCAGAGCCUGCGGCAUAAGUGCCAGCAUGAGUCGGGCAUCGUGCAGCUGCUGUGGGAGGAGAGCGCAGCCGUGGUGUACACCUGCAGCCUGGACGGCGCCGUGCGGCUCUGGGACGCCCGCUCCGGCAAGCUGCUCAGCGAGUACCGGGGCCAUGGGGCUGAGAUCCUCGACUUUGCCCUCAACAAGGACGCCUCCAUUGUGGUGACAACGUCGGGCGACCAUCAAGCCAAAGUGUUCUGUGUGCAGCGCCCUGACCGCUAGCCGCACCUGCCACGGAGCGGGGGCAAUGCAUCGUGGGGGAGUGGGUUUUGUAUCAGAGGACUUUUAAAUGCUAUAAAUUAUUUCCCAUA